UCCUAACAAACUUGUGGCGGUUCAGCCUCUAACAAAUGCUAAACUAAACCCUCGGGGCACAUAUGUUUCUCACAUUUCCAUCGGGCUGCAAACUCUCAAACACACCGGAGCACUCAGACGAUGGCAACAACCAGCGCUACUGCUAUUGCUAAUGUUCGGUGUGAGGAUUACUGUCGAUUUCCAAGUUUCUUGAAGCGGUUCUCACGAUUUCGAAACUGCGAAAGCAUUCGCCUUCCAGGGCAGUGGGUGAGAGAGUAUGGGACCGACCUCCCACUCCAUUGCACACUCUCAAUGGCAAAUGGAAAACGGUGGGUAGUGACUAUGAUAAAAUUUGGCAAUGGUUGUUACUUCAUGUCUGGAUGGGAGGAAUUUGUGAAAGAUAAUUAUAUAUCCCACGGUGACGGCCUAACUUUUACUCAUAUUGGAGCCGGAGAAUUCCAUGUGAUGCGCUACGAUGCUAAGAAUGGUUGCCCUCACCGAGACGAUUAUGAUGUGUGGGAUCCCUCAUGGGAAGGACCAGCCAAGGUAGAGCCUGAUUUGGACAGCUCAGACGACUAUGAGUCCUUUGAAGAUGAGUCUUCGGAAGACUCUGGAACGGAAGACAACCCAGCGCUUGAGGUAUCGGGGGUGGGAGUGAUUCCACAGUUCAGUGUGCUGCUGAAGAAGACCAAGCAUGAGCAUUCAUUACGCUUUCCAUCGGGUUUCUGUGAGAAACAUAUGUCUAUGCAAUCAUCAGAGUGGGUUGGGGCAUAUUUUACGGUAGAGGAGCAGACUUGGCAGAUGGUGCUUCGCAACAAGAAUGGCAAGAUUCGCACUAAACGUGGGUGGAAGCGAUUCAUGACCGAUAAUCGUAUCCGCGCAGGUAUGCGGUGCACCUUUCAGUUAAUCGACGUUGACGAGGUACAAUUCUAUGUUACCUUUGAACUUUGAUUUGGUGAUCUAAUGUUAUGCCUGGUUCCGCUUUUGAAUGAUGAUGCAUCAUGAAACCAUUAAGUUUUGGGGUUUACUUGGACUUUUCUUAAGACUUUCAUGAAAGAAUCUGUUAUUGUAUGCUUAAACAUAACAAAUGUGUGAGAACUGGUGCAUCUCGUCUAUGGCUGUUGUAGUGCCUAUUAUGGCAAUGUUUGGUGAAUAUCAGUAAUGUUUUUACUAUA